UUUUACAUUUUCUUACGACCAGUAUGUUUUGUAUCAGUCUGUCUAAUCGGAACAGUUUUACGUCGGCGGUGUUUGCAAAUUCAUUUUGAUGGAAGAGGACUUGGAAUGCUACGACGGAUUCGACUCUCGUGCUUCUCGAGGACACCUGACUUCCCUGGACUGAAGAAUCGAACAAUUAGACUGCGAACCAUUUUUUCUACGCAUUAAAGCAGUUAUUUGCCUCUCUGCAAGGACGUCGACGUGGUGCCUCGGGUUUAAAAUGAUCCACUGUGCUGGAUGCGACAGGCCUAUACUGGACCGCUUUCUUCUUAACGUGUUGGAUAGAGCGUGGCAUGCCAAAUGCGUUCAGUGCUGUGACUGUAAAUGCAAUUUAACAGAAAAGUGUUUUUCCAGAGAGGGAAGACUGUAUUGCAAAACAGACUUUUUAAGACGGUAUGGCACCAAGUGCGGAGGCUGCGCUCAAGUCAUCUCCCCAAACGAUCUAGUUCGCAAAGCAAGAAGUAAAGUCUUUCACCUGAACUGUUUCACAUGUAUCAUGUGUAACAAGCAACUGUCCACCGGCGAAGAACUCUACAUACUGGAUGAGUAUAAAUUCGUUUGCAAAGAGGAUUACCUGAGCAACAACAACGGGAAAGACACGAACCUUCUCUCAAUAACAACGUGCAGUGACCCGAGCUUAUCUCCAGAUUCUCAAGACCCCCAUGAAGACUGUAAGGAUUCUGAAACGGGCCACCUCUCCGAUAAAGAGACUUGCGGCAACGAAAACGACGAGCAGAAUUUGGGGGCCAAGCGUCGCGGUCCACGAACCACGAUUAAAGCAAAGCAACUGGAGACGCUCAAGGCAGCUUUUGCUGCGACCCCGAAGCCCACGAGACACAUACGAGAACAACUCGCGCAGGAAACAGGCCUCAAUAUGCGGGUCAUUCAGGUGUGGUUCCAGAAUCGGCGCUCUAAGGAAAGGCGAAUGAAACAGCUGAGCGCUUUAGGGGCCAGAAGGCACGUGUUUUUCCGCAGUCCGAGAAGAAUGAGGGCGCUGGGGGAUCGCAUGGAGCCUGGAGAAUUAAUGGCAAACGGCCACUUUUCCUAUUACGGAGAUUAUCAAGGUGAAUUCUAUGGACCAGGAAGCAACUAUGACUACUUCCCCCAGGGCCCUCCAUCCUCCCAGGCCCAGACUCCUGGGGACCUGGGCUAUGUGUCCUCCUCUGGGCCGGCGGGCACCCCUCUGGGGAGCAUGGACCAUCAUCAUACGGCACACCAUCCCUCCAGCGAGGGCCAGUGCUUCGGGGAAAUGGUAUCCCAGCGUCCAGGUGACACCCCCAGCCCGGAGCCUGGUGCCCCUGCCUCCGUUCAUGGCAUCUCUGCGGACAUGGUUGGCCCGAUGGGCCCCUUCACCUCCGUGAACGCCCUCGGUGGCAAUGGCUAUAGCAGCCAGCUCUCACAGCCGUCCUCAGAAAUGAGCGAAGGGGCUGUGUGGUAGCCCAGCGAUUGCACGAGGACAGCCCUGUGGUAGCCAGGGCAUUGACACGAGGACAGCCGUGUGGUAGCCCAGGUGUGUACACGAGGACAGCCGUGCUGUAGCCCGGGCGAUUGCAGGAGGACAUCCAUGUGGUAGCCCGGGCAUUUGCACGAGGACAGCCAGGCCACGAGCUGCCACCCAACAGACUCAGGUUUAAGACAGCCUGGAAAUGAACCCUUUUCGGUUGUGGUCUUAAUAUGGAUAUUUCAAUGAGUUAAUCUAUCUAUGUAUUUAUCUAUUUAUUUAUUCCUUUUUGAAUCUAUUUAUUUAAUGUAUCUAUUUAUGUCAACAAAUACAAGCUGGCCAUGUAUCCACUACUUUCAUUGGUUUACUGCUAAUUUAUAUUUGUGUAAUUAAGAAAUGAAUGUCAAAAACAUGCUAUGAUUGACUUAUGCCAGUGGUAUUGAUUGUCGAGGCAUGUAGUAGAUGGGGAAUAUUCUCAACAGCUCUCUGGAGUAAUCGCUAACUGUCUUUAUGUUUAUAAUGUAUCAGUUUUUUCUACGUAUCAUAAUCAACCGUCUUGAACUUCUUUGCAUCUUAAGGCCUUGUCAUAUAGACACUUAAAUGAAAUCCCUCAUACUCACUGGAGUGUGCAGAAACCUCUCCCCACUGAGUCUCAUAGUUUGCCUUCCAAAGGGAAACUUAAAAUAUAGUACUUAACCCUUUAUUUGAAAUAAGACACUAACUUGAAUUUUGUGUUUGUAGGCUACAUACUGAAAGUUUCCCAGCAGUGAUCUGUAGUGAACAAAGAGCAGUCAGUUGUUUACGACUAUUUCCUUCAGGGGUUUGGAUAUCAGUAUUAUUAAACAAAAAACAAAAAAACACGGUGCAGAUACAGAAAGUGUUAUUUUCCCUGCCCUGAAGCAAACAACCAAACUUUUGUAUUCAUUCUUUUUAGUUGUGAUCUGUUGUACUAAUUUGUAUGAUAUUGU